CAUCAUGUCUCAUGAAAUUCAUUGGAUAAAUAACCUUUCAGACCUUUGCAAUCGUGGCUAAUUCUAUAUAUUUUGUUAAUAUUCAUUUAUUUAAUGUACAAAAAUUUAUCUGAUGCUUUUUUGGGGCACUUGUUUUUGAGAAAUUUUAGAGAACCAUUUGAACGUCGAUUACUAAAUCCGAAACAAAUCAAAAGUCAAAAGAAAUAGUUCUGUAGGCGAAAAUGGAGAAAAUCAUGAGAAUUUACCAGUAGAAAAUUUCUUGGUUUUAAUAAAACUAUUGCUUUCUCCUUCUCAAGUGCUGUGAAAGUUUAAGAUAUUUAAAUAUCAUUUUCGGAAAUGAAAAUUAACUGAUUGACAUACGGGUUUCAAUUUGGCACUGAACAGAAGAAAACAUUUGGACGCCAUUUUCCACAGAAACUUGAUAAUCAUUGUGGAUUUAACAACAUCAGACUCCCUCCUACGGGAUGGAGGAGACCAAAAUCAUCUAUUAUAUAGAUGACGAAGACACUCCUUAUUUAAUCAAACUACCUAUUCCCGCUGAUCGUGUAAAUCUUGGUGAUUUUAAGAACGCUUUAAACAGACCAAAUUACAAAUUUUUCUUCAAAUCGGUGGAUGAUGACUUCGGUGUUGUGAAAGAAGAAAUUGUUGAUGAUGAAGCAAAGUUGCCAUGUUUUAAUGGCCGAGUUGUUUCUUGGCUGGUUCCAGCAGAAAGCAGCACAUCAGAUUCCCAGUCUCAAUGUACAGAUUCUCAAGCAGGAGAUGUACAUCCGCCUACAGAGAGAGUAGGAGGUAUAGGUGACAGUAGACCUCCCUCAUUUCAUGCAAAUGCUUCUUCUGUUGCUAGCAGAGACCAAAGUUGUGAUACAUGUACAGAAACAGACUCUGUGAUCAGUUCACGGCGAGAUCGUCCAAGGAGUUCUCGCCAACACAGUUAUAACCACAAUUUCCGACGACCAGGGGAUCCUAUUGGUCCACCUCGAACUAACGGUCACAGUAAACAUCAUGGUCAUUCAUACGAUUCUUCCACCGUGCUCAGUAGUGAUAUAGACACCACUAGUUUCUUUGAUACCGACGAUGACAGUCGAUUUUCUACAGUCACAGAUACAACCAACCGAACUGCCUCAAAAUAUGGCCGUCAAAAGAGAAGACAAAGACGGAAACAUCGGAUGCCCCCUAUUAGUCGGGCAUCAUCCUUUAGUAGUAUUACAGAUUCAACAAUGUCCUUAAAUGUGAUUGUGGUUACAUUAAAUAUGGACACAGUAAACUUUUUAGGAAUCAGUAUCGUUGGCCAAAGUAACAAAGGUGGUGAUGGUGGUAUAUAUGUUGGUUCUAUUAUGAAAGGAGGUGCUGUAGCUCAGGAUGGUCGUAUAGAACCUGGUGAUAUGAUUUUAGAAGUCAACGGCAUUAGUUUUGAAAAUUUAAGUAAUGAUGAUGCAGUUCGAGUUCUCAGAGAAGCUGUACAAAAACCUGGUCCAAUUACACUAGUCGUAGCCAAAUGUUGGGAUCCUAGUCCGAAAGGAUAUUUUACAGUCCCUCGACAAGAACCUGUGCGACCUAUUGAUCCAUCUGCGUGGGUUGCACACACUACAGCAAUGCAACAAAAUUUCAUGCAUGGUAUUGGUGGACCUAGUCCUUCAAUCAGUAAUAUGACAUCAACAAGUUCAUCAUUAACCAGUUCAUUACCUGACUCGGAACGAUUUGAUGAUUUGAAUUUAACAACUAACACAGAUAUGGCCACUGUUGUCAAGGCGAUGGCACAACCAGAUUCUGGUCUAGAAAUUAGGGACAGAAUGUGGUUAAAAAUAACAAUACCUAAUGCUUUUAUAGGAUCUGAUUUAGUUGAUUGGUUAUUUACUCAUUUAGAAGGCUUUACUGAUCGAAGGGAUGCUAGAAAAUAUGCAUGUAAUUUAUUAAAAGCUGGAUAUAUUCGACAUACUGUGAACAAAAUCACAUUUUCUGAGCAGUGCUACUAUGUAUUUGGUGAUAUUUAUGGAAAUGGGCCACUGUAUCCAGAUUUAUCUGCACUUAGUUUAGAAGAUGUUGAUUCAGUGUCUGAAGCUGAUCGUGAUACAUUAGCUCCAUUACCACCGCCAGCCUGGAACAAUCAAUACCCUUAUACUAACAAUACUUAUAUACCACAAAACAUUAGUUAUAUACCCCCGUACAGUUAUACUAGUACAGACUCACAAAGUUAUAUCGGUUCUUUUGUGGAUGGUAUGGAUAAAAAUUCUACUGUCGGUGCUGGUGGUGUGAUCGGAGUAUCAAGUAUUGGUAAUGGAGGAGGCAAUAACAGUGGUGGCAGUGUACACAGUGCAUCAGUUCAUAAUGCCUGUUGUUUGCCAAUGAAAUUCCAACCAGCUGCGCAGAAACUUCUAGCCAAAACCUUCUGCAUUGACAAGGAACCCAACAACAAUGUCCGUGGCAAAAAAACGCCACAGGCACAACCAAGUUCCAAGAACCAAUCAAAAGAUAGCAAAGAUGUCAAAAAGAAGGAUGAUGUUCCUAGCAACAAUAAUGAAGAAGCUGUUGCUAAGGAACCGUUGACCACAGAUGAAAAAGAGGCUGAAGCUGGGAAGCCAGGAAGCAGUGCCUCUGGAAGUAGCAGUCGCAAAGAAAAGUCACAGAAAAAGUCUCCUGCCAACAGCGGAAGCGAUUCUGAAACAGCAAGUAUAGUGAGUGCCAGACAGCCUGGUGGUCCACCACAUAGCAAUCUUGUUAACUUACCACCUGAUGUUAGUGGCAGUAGACAGUCUUUCAGAAUGGCUAUGGGAAAUCCAUGCGAUUCAGUCAUCGACUCAUGACCCUUCAUCGAACAGCUUCCUGGGUAACUGGAGUGUGUGAUGGUGGUGACCUACAGAACAUCUAAUUAUUAUAUCUCUUGUCCUGUAACUGUUUUUAACCUUCACCUGUAAUACAUAGUUCUUCAGUAUAUGGCUCCUUUCUCCUUUUUUAUACUCUUGAGAUUAGUUUUUCACUCUUUUAUUUUGAUAUUCAAAUUUCCUUUAAGUUUUGCAUGUUUUUUGUCACCAAAUUUGGAUUUAUUUUAAUUUAUUGGUCAUACCAUUUUUUCCCUUCAAAAAAGAUCUGAUACAUGUGAGCUUGUGUUGUCAUUGAUGUUCUGUACUUUUACAAGCAUGUGAUUGGUUGAUUAAAAUUUUUAUAAAUUGGUGCUUUAUUUUAAUUGGUGGAUUCUUUUCAUUUUGAUUGUUUGAAAUUUUUAUGAUUUUUAUGAUUUCAUUAUACCAACAUUUUACUUUAUUUAUAAGUUGUUGUUUUAUUUGUCAAUUAUUUUCAAAACCAUUUUUUACUGCCUGUUGUCACUUUUUAAAGUUGUAAAUUUUUUUCGUUCUCUUUCAUUUUUAAGAAUUAUUUAAUAAACAUGACUUUUGUAUAACCAACUUGCAAUGCAAUUCUGUUUUUUUGUAUCAAGCUUUAAGCAGUUGUUGUAAUAUUUAUCAGGUUAUGAAUGUUAUCAGCCUGAAACUUCACUUUGUAUAGUUUAACAAUGCAAACUUUCUCAAAGGCACAUCAAUAAAGGUAAAAUGAAUGAUGUUGUUAUCUCCCUUUAAUUUAAAAUUAUUAAACUUUUUUUUUUAAUACAACUAAUAAAAAAAAGAAGCAAAGUGAAGAUG